GUUUCGGUGUAUUGGAUAUCGAAUGUUUUGUUGAAAUUCUUGAGAGCGCAGUUUAAAGGAGCAGAUUUUUUGAAAUGUAAUGCUAGAAAAGCCCUGAAAUUCACGAAGGUCAAAAAUCAUCCAAAAUGCCGGAGCUCUCUGCCGAAUCGCUGAGAAAGAUUACCUUGGUGCAGCGCCAACGGGCCGAACUGAGCGCGCUAAUUGACUGGGGCACGAAGCCGGAGGAGUAUCUGCGGGAACGUCUUACCGCCCCGUGGAAGGGCGGGGCCAGCUUCUUCUGUUGUUUCGGGAUUCUGCUUGCCGGGAGCGUGUUUGCGCAAUUACAUCACAAGUAUGAAGAGCGGCGACUCGCCGCGAAGAGAGAGCAAGCUGCCGGGGCGUUGGAGCCGUUUGGAACACAUGCACAGCCGAGGGAGUCCGCUGUGCUAGCGACGGUGAGAUUUUGCAUAUUCAAUGUCUUCCUUCCGGCGUUGUUCUUGCGCCACUUGUGGCGACUCGACGUAGGUCAGGACAGCGUCGUGCAGAAGUAUUCGUGGCUGUCGCCGACAGUCCACAUUGUGUGGAUUUGCCUAACCUGGGUCCUCGUCCGGGAACGGCGACGGAGCUGCCACGAGCACUACAGCAGAGAGCACGAGCAGUGGCGGAGUACUUGUCUUCAUAAUAGGAAGUUACGAUUUUUCCACUGUUGCUUGUAAUGCAUGUUCAUCAUUCUACUCCAUCAAUUCGUGCGAAGAAUGCGUUCAUUGAGAUGAGAAGGAGCCUUCAAAAAAGCACUACUCGGCAAAAGUAUUGCAAUACAGCCCACUUCGCGGUCGAAAACUCGGAUUUCCUUGUCCAAGAAAGCUGGGAGUGGCCGGCGCACCGCGAGCAUGCAGUGGGAGAUGAUUACAAUGACCCUAGUACAACAAGAAAAAUGCGAGGACCGUCGCGGGAAUUCCAGUACACAACAGGAGUUCCGCCCUUUAUUCCCCUCGAACCUGCUGCGCAGCGACCAUCCGAAGAGCCGAUGGGGUCUCCGGAGUGCGAUGUAGAGGACCUUUCUGCCGAGGACGAUUACGAUCUGGAGUCGCCACCGUUGGGUUCGCCUCCGCUCGGCAACGGCACCGACCACCCACACCACGUCCAAGUGAAUAGCAGCACGGGGAUUGUCGUGUCGGGGGAGAUGCAGCUCCAGAACCCAGGCGGAAUGAAUAUCUUGCAGGCCAACAGGAGGAGUGACGAAAAUAGAACAACAUCGUCCAGCAGUAGUUGUACUAGCAGUUCGACUACCGGUGAUCGUAAUUUUCGAAACGCAAACAGCAAUUUUACUUCCGGCUCUACACAUCGAACUUCUUCCAGUCCGAAGACCAAGAUCACUCCUCCGAGUGCAGCGCGCAUUGCAAAUUUCGUCACGGGCGGGAAGCUGAAACAGCCGGCAACGCCGUCUACCCGAAGUGCCGAGACGACUUUGUUUUACGAGCACUCGCCUGACUCGUCCGCAAGGACGGAAGCCAGCAGCGUCCUCGAGUGGCAGAACGAAAGCGAGGACACCAGUGGGGUAUUGAUACGAACAGCGGUUUAUGUUUGUGUGAGUUUGUUGAUUUGAUGUCGAGCUCUCGGUAUUUAACAGGAUCGAUUAGGUUACUUACAAGCAUUUUUCUUCUUUCAUCUGAAUCGCAAGAUUUGAUGCACGGCGCGGCUCACGCAAAAGCUAUUGCAUGAAAAAUUUCUGACCACAGCAAAGUCCCUCGGACCUGGACGAGCAAGACUUAAUCACGGGCGCGCUCGAGGAAAAGAGGGGGUUCCUGGGCAUCUUUUUCGACAAAUUCAAGCGGGUAAUAUUGCCGUCCUUUUUCCUCACGAGCUCGUCGACGUCGCGGAACAGUCCGAACGCGGAUCUGCAUCGGCAGGCGCCUCCCCCGGACGAAGAUGGUUCUACUUUUCACCUACGAACAAGCUCGUUCUCUCCUUCGUCCGGUGUCGCGCAGGCGAUUUUGCCCAAUGAGAAACCUUGCAAGAUGAAUUAUGGGCAACAAGCUGCAUCGGCUUCUAGCCGUGGCGCGUUGAUGCGUGCUCCUGUUACAACCUACCCCGGCAGGGCCGCGGCGGGUAAUAUUCACAGCAGCAGCAACAGCAGUAGUAGUAGCCAAGCUCAGAACUACAAGCCCUGUUUAUUGCCGCAGAGCAGUAGUUGCACCAAAACGUCGCGGAUCUUGAGCUACGAGGACAUGACUUCCUUCGAAGACGGAUGGCUCUUGCUCAUGUGCAACGGCUGCAUGAUUUCUUUCCUGUUCCCGGUGAUCGCAGACGCGUUCGGGGUCGAGGCAAUCAGAAAAUUGAUCUGGUGGGAUGUCACCGGGAACGCUUGGGUUUGCCAAUUCGGACUCUUCAUCUUCGCCGCGGUGUAUUCUUCUGCGAGUGCGAAUAGUGUCAUUUCUGCUGGCGCAGCUUUCCCGGCAGGAACAUCGUCGAGCUCUGGCAGGACCACAGGUUCGAAGGACCACGGCCGAAUCUCUUGCUCUUCACAACUCCGUGGAUCUUCUUCCGCGACCCGUUGCGGCAGUUUCUCCCUUGUCGUUUCAAACAGACAGGGACAACCACCCCACCACGAGCAACAACCGCACUUCUACACAAGUAGUACGCAGCACCAGCAGCUCCCCAUCGACGGCUGUCCGAGCCGACACAUCGUCCCCUCGUCGCGGAAGAAGCAUUUGAAGGUUCCACCUAGUAGUACAAGUCGCGACGACAGCGAGGAGGAUAAUAUGCUCGAUCAGGGGAAGAUAAACGGCCAGAAAGUAAGUAGACCUCGAAGACACACUGUGGAUCUAAUCUCUGCGUUGGACGUGGAGGACGGCGAGGAACCGUACGCCGGAAUCCCGCUAGAGGACAUGCUCGCGACGGACCCGUUGUCCGCGAGAUUUGCGGGAUAUCACCUGCCCGUGGGCGGCGGCAAGGGAACGAGCAGAUCGCACCCGUCUUUGACCUCCUACGGCUGCUUCUCGUCUUCGUUGCCGGAAAGGGAGCAGGAGUCCUGGGGACGGAGUAGUACUAGUUCCAGUAGGUGGUCCUGGCUUGUUUCGUGGCUGUUGCCAACAAGCUGGCUGGAAACGCGCGGCGGGCCGUCGGGAAUAGUCGGGGACUACUACGACAGCUUCGCGGAUGCACACCCAGCAAAGCCGUUCGGUGUCCCGAGCAAGAGACUGUGGUCGCAGAGCAGGCGGGUGGAAGACGAUGUGCUAUUCGGGUAUAAUUUUUCUUCGAUUUGUUUGCUACAAUCAUUGCGAAAAGUGUACGUGGUAUGGCAAUGCAACUUCAACUUGUACUUGUUUUCGGCGCUCGUCGUGUCCUGCAGGUAGGCAAUUUUACGACGCUUGGCCGUUGCCCUGUUGUUUGAUAAAAACAAGUUUGAGAAAACAAAUCCUUUAGAUUCGGGCAACACACACGCAUUACCACCGGACAAGUCCUCUAUGGAUGGAUAUCGUUCCAAGCGCGGCAGUUUGGGAUCUGUUGCUACGAGCUCUACAAACUCUCUUUCGGCAGAGUGGUCGAUGUCGUGCUUCGCAGCGACACGAUGCAACGACUGCGCGCACACGCACACACGGUGUUUCUCCAACCAAUUUUGGGGGCCAUCGUGCUCGGCUGCGUGCUCAACGCGUGCGGGGCGAGAAUGUCGCCGGACAUGGAGAGAAUUUUGGAAGUAAUCGCCUCGCCAUUUCAAUUUUCGCUCUACUUUUUAUCCGGAGCGAAGGCGGAUUUGUUCGGCGGCAUGCAAAAUUCGUCGGGAGGCGGGUACUAUUCCAAAAAUGGGAGGAAGUUGCUCGUCGCCGCCUUCGCAAUCCGCACGACGGUUGUGCUUGUUUUAGCCGCGGGAUUGCUCUCGUUCUACGACGCGAAUGUUAGGACCUUAGCAAUUUUGGCGAUCUUGUCGCCGCCAUCCAGUUACGGCAUCCUGCUCAUUGAUUUGUUCAAGUUCCCGAGCUUUUUCGGGCCCCUGACCGUGGCCUUUUGGUCGUUCGAAAUGCUUUUGUUAACUUCAUUACAAAACUUACUGGUGUCCAACUACGUAGUAAAUGCGCCAGCAGCCGUCGUGUCGAGUAGGUGACGCGAAAGUCUGAAAAUCAAGUAAAUGCUCAAUUAGAGAACGUUUCGGUUGCGAUCUUCGUUCUUGAGAAGUAGUUUCGCAAAUGUUAAUAUCGCAAGGGCGUGAGGGCUGCUUUUCAAGCUGAAGGACGUUUUGAAAACAGCCAGUAGGAGCUUCGCCUUGUAUGAUUCCAUGAUAGACUGAGUCACAUCAACACAACCUCUUGUUUCCUUUUGAAUGUUUGCAUCCGACGAGAUAGAAUCCAUCUUCCAAGAAAGCUUUAAUGUCAGAAACAGGUCAGCACUGUUGAAUUCGACGUUAAUAUUGCGAGCGCGCAAGGUAUGCUGAUAAGCAUUUUAAUGCAGCAGUAACGAACAGGAUCAGGAU